ACGUGACAGGCUCCCGCGAAAAUUGUUUUCCGUAAUCCUCUUAAUGGUUAAUUCCGUUCCAGCUGUUGUUUUUUCUUGGGAAGGUUUAGCUCUGAAUUUGUGGCUUUGUUGUGUUUAGUACGGAGAUAAGUGAGUCCGUAAAACAGUGCACGCGAGUUAUAAUUGCUCUUUAGUAGGCUUCUAGAGUGAUUCGUGCUGCAUUGUUAUCUCUAAAUUCUUGGGUGCGAGAAGCGUCUCAGUAGCCUGUUUGAGCGGUGUGUUUACGUAUUUUCAAUGGCACAAACGAAGGUGACUGAUUUCUUUGCACAGAAUAAACGUCGCGGAAAUGGUCUAAAUAGUAUUAAGCGUUUGAAGGAGCCCACAUCUGAGCAGAUUGUGGGGAGUGUACCGUCUCACAGUACACCGAAGUCUCAGUCUGGGUUACCCUUGCAUUUUGACUUGAGUUCGGCGUUGUUCACUCCUACCAAUGAAUUGUCUAGCAGAAAACGCCGCAGACUGGCCUCCGUGGAAGAGCGUCAGGGUGGUGAUGGGAGGUCUGCAAGGAAGAAACUGCUGCUCGACGUGGAUAAAUCGGAGUCCCUGAAUUUGCUCUCCAGCCCUUGCUUGAAAGAGGAUAAAUCGUCGACACCAUCUGUUGAUAAAGCACUGAAGAACCAAAUUAACAAGAGUGGAUCGUCCUCUCCAACUAUUAGCCACAACAGCAAACCCCAGACUGCUUCACAAACCCCAGAGAUAAAGUCUGUUUUGAAGGAGGAUACUACAGAGCUGAAGGCACGUCUACAGAGGAUCCAGGAGCUAACUCGGAAAGUAAAGGUUCCAGCUGCUAAAGAAUCCAUUUCCCUGAAGGAUCGUCUAAAGAGAGUCCAAGAGUUGCAGGUAAAGCUGCAGGAGAAAGCUGCAAGUGAAGUCAAUGGGCCUUGCAUCAGAGAAACCGAAAGAGAUGCUGAACAGAGUGAAAAAGCACCUGCAUAUCAACGCUUUCACACCCUAGCUCAAGAUCUUCCCCCAGGGCUUGCUUUGCCUUAUAAAUACAAAGUCUUGGCAGAGAUGUUUCGUAGCAUGGACACCAUUGUGGGAAUGCUGUUCAAUCGCUCUGAGACCAUCACAUUUGCCAAAGUCAAGCAAGGUGUUCAAGACAUGAUGCGCAAACAGUUUGAGGAGCGCAACGUAGGACAGAUCAAGACUGUGUAUUCUACAGCAUACAGGUUCCGGCAAGAAAAAAAUAUCCCAACAUUCAUAGAUGGUAUGAAGAAGUCCAGCUACCAGCUCACUGUGGAGCCUGUAGUAGAUGAAAAUAUCGAUGGCCGUCCCCACUUGUCUGCAACUCGGUUGUUGGAAAGGCGCCUCCUGUUUAGUAGGAACUUGGUGAACAUUGUGAAGCAGCAUCACAAGGCUUUCUUGAACUCUCUCAGCCCCCCGAUGAAUGUCCCAGAUGACCAGCUUACCAGAUGGCAUCCACGGUUUAAGGUGGAUGAAGUGCCAGACGUAAUUCCAGCUGACCUUCCAAGACCUCCCCACGUGGAACAGAUCACCACUGCUCAGGAAGUACUAAACCGUGCACGCAGCCUAAUGUCUCCCAAGAUGGAGAAGGCACUUGCUAACAUUGCCUUGAAGACUGCUGAAACCUGUGCUGGAGAAGCAAAAGAUGUUCUGUCAAAGGCCCUAGAACCAGGUCAGCCUGCUACUACAUCCAUUACACUAAAGGGUGUUUCUCCAUCUCUUCUGGAGAGGAUUCGUGCUAAAGAAGCUCAGAAGAUGCAAGCAAUGAUGACACGAAAUUCUCAGCAAGAGGAACGUCUUCUCAUGAUGUAUCGCCUUUCAGACAUGGCACGGAUUUUGCGCAAUGUAUUUGUAUCUGAGAAGAAGCCAGCAUUGAUCAUGGAGAUAGCAUGCAACAGAGUCAUCACAAGUUACAGUUCAACUAUGCCUUCCAGUGAUAUGGAAAAGCACUUGCGACUACUUUCAGAAAUUGUUCCUGACUGGCUGAGUAUCCACCCUGUACGAAAGGACACAUAUGUGAAACUGAAUAAGAACGUUGACCUUGGUGCUGUUCUUGAGAAACUGUCAAAGAAGAUUAAGGAAGAGGAGAAGUUAUGAGUUUAUUAAAUGCCAAGCAACCCCCUUGAAGUUUUAUACCUGUUGCACAAGUUUGAAUCACAAAGGACCAAAUGCAAUUUUCCCUUGAGGGGCAAAGAACCAGACUGGUGUAAAAUUAAGCUUGUUGCAUUCAAGUAGUCUGCAUUUAAAUCUAGACUGCCUUUAAAAUCAUCUUUCAGGUCUUUGAUGCAUGGUAUACUUUAAGUUGUCUAAGCUGUUGUAGAGAGACACUUGUGAUAGUUUGUGCCAGAAUAAUAUGCAUUAAUGUGCCAGAAUAAUAUGCAUUGCCCACUCUGAAAGUACCAUUUCUUUGGGAAACGUCAUUAAUCUUGCCCAUGUGCAUAACACCUUUUAGACAUUUUAGUAUAUUUAGAGCAGUUUUAAAAAAAAAAAAAAAAAAGAUUUUGAAGUAAAGUCCCCACACAAUCAUUGUAGUAGGUACAUUCUCACGUUUAAUUUUUUUAGUAAAACAUUGUGCAUGCAUUCAGACUGGAUAGCUCUUGGUAUUGUAUCCUUGAAGCUUCCCUUCAGCUUUGUAUGAAGUAUUGCCUAUAUUGUGGCUGAUUGCAGUCACAGCUCUGUGCAGCUUUGUAGAGUUCUUAACUACAGCAGGGACCAGAUGUGGCUGCAAUUUUUCAGACUUAACUGCUGUCAUGUCUGGAUGCUGUUUCACCUCGCUUACUGGAGGAGGAUGUGCCACCUCCACUUCAACAUCCUAACUGUAGUUUUAUUUGAAUUUACAAGGUUCGGUAGACCAGUCAAUGUAUGUACGUCAGCAGUUCCAGGUGUUUAUGAAUGUGUCCUUGGAUUUUGCUUCUUUACAGAUUGCGUUAAGGAUUCUACCCUUUUUAUCGCAUAGGUCAUAUUUUAAUCAUAAGCACAAUGCUUAAAUGGUGAAGCUUUUGGUAAACAUCACUUUCAAGAACAGCUAGCAUGUUCAAAGUUUAAACAUUCAAACUAAGCAUAACUGAUAAAAUACAGGUUUUACUUAAACAUUAUCUGGACUUUUGAUCUGUGGGCCAUUUUAUAGAGGAAGUUUGAUUUAUGGUUGUGUACUUUGAUAAAGUUUAUUUCUAUUUAAUAA